AUGCAGCACGACGCGGACCCGUCCGUCAAGGCGGCGGCCUACGCGCCGCUGUCCCCGCUGGGCGUCGGCACCAGCAACGAAGAUCUGCUCGCGGCGCUGGACGAGAUGCUCGCCUUCACGCCCGAAGCGGCCGCCUCGGCCACGCCGCUGCCGCUCGACGCCGGGUUCCCCAUCGCAGACGCCUUCGAGCUGCCGGAGGUGCCCAACCCGUACGAGACGCCGCUGCAGAUCCCCUCAGUAGACGAACCCACGGCCGUCACGGCUCCGCAACAGCCCCAACAACAACAACCCCAGCAGCAGCAGGAACAACAGGCUCAGAGAGGCAAAGACGUCCGCGCAGCUCCGUACACGAAGCCCAAGCCGCGCCGCCGCAAACGCCCCAAAGAUGAGCUCGACUACCUGCGCGCGAAGGUGGCCGACCUCGAGGAGGAGCUGACCAAGCUUAAUCAGACCACCGGCGGCAGGAUGUCCCCCGUCAGCGACGAUGACGAGGAGAUGUUCUCCCGCUGGAAGCAGGUGGCCGAGCGUCAGAAGGAGGAGGCCAACCGCACCGUCGUGGAGAACCUCAAGCUGCGCGCCAUGCUCAAGGGCCAGAUCGAGAUCGCCAAGCGUCUGGAGGCCGCCAUCGCCGACCACCAGCAGGAGGCAGCAGCGCAGGCGUUCCCGUGGAACACAGUCAAGAAGGAGUUCGACGUUGAAGAGGAGGAGGGGGUGGAAGGCGCGUCUAGACGCCCGCGCGCCCCGAGUAUCGCGGACGAAGUCAUCUUCGCCGAGCUCAACGGCAGCCUCGAGGCGCAGUACGCGCAGGUGGACUCGCUCUUCGAAGCGAAUGGCAUCGCCGACGUGUACCGCGAAAUGCUGGGCAAGGUCAGCCUCAAGCAGGAUAUGAGCGGCAUCUCGUUCGCGCACAAGGAGGUCCGUCUCAUGCCGUUCUCGAUGCAGGCGGUGGCGCGCGUCAUGUGGGGCUUCCUGCUCUACGAGAACAAGGAGAUACCGGGGCGCGUCCACACGCGCGUCAUCAAUAAUGACCACUUGAACGCCACGAUCGUCGACACGCUGCAGCUGCCCAAGUCGCGCUGCACUGAAGUUUUCACGCGGUUUGCAGUGCGUCGGUACUUUGAGGCGGGCCGCGUCGUGGUCGUCUGGAGCGGCUGCAUGGAGAUCGCUGGCUCGGUGUUUGUGCGUCUGCGCGAGAAGGGAGUCAACACGCUGUCGAGCUUCGACUUUACUCGGGGCGAGGCGUCGGGCGCGAGACCCGAGGGCUGCAUCUUGCGCGCAGUGCUCGACGUCCGACCCGAGACCGUCGAGUUCAGCCCGGGCGCUGAUACCCAGGAACACAUUGGAGAAAUGACCGACCUCGUGCUGGGUACCUACCACCGCAACUUUGGUAUGCUCAACCAGGUGAUAGAGAACCUCCUGCUCAAAGAGCUCAUGGGCAGCAAAGCCCCAAGCCAGGAGUUCAUCGGGUAG